AUGUCGCCGCCUGAAGCUGAAUUUCCAGGCCCUCCACCUGUCAACAAUGUGGCACCUUCUUAUGCACCAUACCAGCCCUCCACACAGCCAUCUUAUCUGCCUCCUGAGGCCACUUCGUCUGUCACCCAUCUAGGCACUCAGCUCAGUGCUAUGCAGAUCAACAACUAUGGAUCAGGCAUGACUCCCCCCAGCCAGGGGUCCCCUGGACCUCUGUCAGCCACAACAUUCCAGGGUCCCCCACGACCUCCACAGCCAUCCAUUCUACAGCCUGGCUCUCAGGUCCUGCCACCACCCCCCACUGUGCUGAAUGGGCCUGGUGCCCCGCCUCUGCCUCCCACUGCGCACAGGCAGGAAGGGCUUCCUGGGCCUGUGCCUCUGAGUGCCCAGUACCAGCCUCCACCUCCACCAGGCCAGACCCUAGGGGCUGGCUAUCCUCCACAGCAAGCAGCCAACUAUGGCCCCCAAAUGGCAGGUGCACAGCUCUCUUACCUGGGAGGCUUCCCCACAGGCCCCUCACAGAUGGCUGGACCCCCACAACCCCAGAAGAAGCUGGACCCUGAUUCCAUUCCCAGCCCGAUCCAGGUGAUUGAGGAUGACAGAGCCACCAGAGGGGGACAAGUUUAUACCACCAACAUCAGAGGCCAGGUCCCUCCGAUAGUCACUACAGAUUGUGUGAUACAAGACCAAGGAAAUGCUAGUCCUCGCUACAUCCGGUGUACCACAUACUGUUUCCCGUGCACAUCAGACAUGGCAAAGCAGGCUCAGAUUCCACUAGCAGCUGUCAUCAAACCCUUUGCCACCAUUCCAUCCAAUGAGACUCCCCUUUACUUGGUGAACCACGGCGAGAAUGGACCUGUCCGGUGCAACAGGUGCAAAGCCUACAUGUGCCCGUUCAUGCAGUUCAUCGAGGGCGGGAGGAAGUACCAGUGUGGCUUCUGCAACUGCAUCAACGAUGAUGUUAAGCCCUACAUCUUACGUGAAGUGUCUGAUCAACUUGAAGAGUUUCUAAAGAAUAAACCUCCCAACCCACCAGCCUUCAUCUUCAUGAUUGAUGUUUCGUAUAGUAACAUAAAGAACGGACUUGUCAAGCUCAUAUGUGAAGAACUGAAGACCCUGUUGGAAAAGCUCCCAAAGGAAGAGCAGGAAGAAACAUCUGCCAUUCGAGUUGGUUUUAUCACCUAUAACAAAGUUCUGCAUUUCUUCAACGUGAAGAGUAAUUUGGCCCAGCCACAGAUGAUGGUGGUAACUGACGUGGGAGAAGUCUUCGUUCCUUUGUUGGAUGGCUUCCUUGUCAACUACCAAGAAUCCCAAUCUGUGAUUCACAAUUUAUUGGACCAAAUUCCAGAGAUGUUUGCGGACUCCAAUGAAAAUGAGACCGUCUUUGCUCCUGUCAUCCAGGCUGGCAUGGAAGCUCUGAAGGCAGCAGAAUGUCCCGGGAAGCUGUUCAUCUUCCAUUCCUCCUUGCCAACCGCUGAUGCUCCAGGGAAGCUGAAAAACAGAGAUGACAAAAAGCUGGUUAACACAGACAAAGAGAAGCUACUCUUCCAGCCCCAGACGAAUGUGUAUGAGUCUCUGGCCAAGGACUGUGUAUCCCACGGCUGCUCCGUGGCGCUCUUCCUCUUCCCUAGCCAGUACGUGGAUGUGGCCUCCUUGGGUGUUGUUCCUCAGCUCACUGGAGGAACCAUCUACAAAUACAAUCAUUUCCAGAUGCAUUUGGACAGCCAACAAUUUCUGAAGGACCUCAGAAACGACAUUGAAAAGAAGAUAGGCUUUGAUGCCAUCAUGCGAGUUCGCACCAGCACAGGUUUCAGAGCCACUGAUUUUUUUGGUGCAAUUUUUAUGAACAACACGACUGACGUAGAGAUGGCGGCCAUGGACUGUGACAAGGCAGUGACUGUGGAGUUCAAGCACGAUGACAAGCUCAGCGAGGACACUGGGGCCUUAAUCCAGUGCGCCGUGCUCUACACAACCAUCGGUGGCCAAAGGCGACUUCGGAUUCACAACCUUGGCUUAAAGUGCAGCUCCCAACUAGUUGAGCUGUACAAGAGCUGUGAGACAGAUGCCCUCAUCAACUUCUUUGCCAAGUCAGCUUUUAAAGCAGUUCUACAUCAGCCUUUGAAGGUGAUCCGGGAAAUCCUAGUGAAUCAGACAGCCCAUAUAUUGGCAUGUUACCGGAAGAAUUGUGCAGGCCCAUCAGCUGUCAGCCAGCUGAUCCUGCCGGAAUCCAUGAAGGUGUUCCCAUUAUACAUGAACUGCUUGUUGAAGAACUGCGUGCUGCUCAGCCGCCCAGAGAUCCCCACGGAUGAGCGGGCAUACCAGCGACAGCUGGUCAUGGCCAUGGGCGUGGCUGACUCCCAGCUCUUCUUCUACCCACAGCUGCUGCCCAUCCACACAUUAGACGUGAAGAACACAGAGUUACCAGCCGCUGUCCGCUGCUCGGAGUCCCGUCUUUCGGAGGAAGGGAUCUUCCUGUUGGCUAAUGGUCUAAACAUGUUCUUGUGGCUGGGAGUGAGUAGCCCUCCAGAACUGAUCCAGGCAAUAUUUAAUGUGCCGUCUUUUGCACAUGUCAACACAGAUAUGACCCUGCUGCCUGAGGUAGGAAGUCCGCACUCGCAACAGCUCAGAAUGACAAUGAAUCUUCUCCAGCAGAAGAGGCCAUAUUCCAUGAAGCUGACAAUAGUGAAGCAGCGAGAACAGUCAGAGAUGGUCUUCCGACAGUUCCUGGUAGAAGACAAAGGACUUUAUGGAGGGUCAUCAUAUAUGGACUUCCUUUGUUGUGUUCACAAGGAGAUCUGCCAGCUGCUCAAUUAACUGAAACUUCUCUUUCAGCAAUGUUGCAAUUUAAGGAGAUCUCUCCUUCUUGGUGCCUAAUUUUGCAGAUGAUAUAGGCUAGUUUUGAUUUCUUGCUCAAUUUCAGAAUAGCUUUCCAAGAUGGCAUUGAGGACUUUAGCUUUGGUGCUCAGGUAUAAAGCCAAUGAAGGGGCAGUUGUACCAUAAAGGGAACAAGUCUAUUUCUGAUUGCACAACUUUUAAUCUGAAAACUGAUGCAGUGUCCAUUUCAUGAAAAGCAUAGUUUACAGAAACAUAAACAUUCUCAAUUUUCUUUGUGCUAGACAUAUAAAUUAUUUUUCAAAGUGUAUAGAUCUGGAGUAAAAAGUCUGGUUCCUCUCAUAUUUACAGUGAGGGAAAAAUAAUUUUUACAUUAUGCCUAAUUUUUUUAAGUCGAACUCCAUUGAACUGAUUUUUCAAAGUACAGUAGACUUUUAAUAACCUUAUAAUCUUCUACCUGGUAGAACAAUUUGUGUUCUACUCUAUUUUCCAUAAUUAUAUUUGUCUAUGUUGAAAGUAUUUUCCAAGUGUUUUGUCUAUAAAACUGUCUAUCAAUAUUCUUAAUAGUUCUUUGUACAAUUUUCAUGGUUUCUACCUGUAUAUAAUGGAUCUUAACCAGUACCAAUAAAUCACUUCAUAUACUCUUAAA